CUUGGGAAAUUCCUUCGAGGUUUUAGUUUGGGGCCGCGGCGCGGGCUGCGUGCUGGCGCGUGGACCGGUAGCCCACCGAGGAGAGGGAAAAGUAUCACCGCAAAGAAGAAUGGAUGCAGCCCUAGAUGGGAAAAGCAAAAAGAGGAAGCAGAUACAAAAUAAGCUUUUUAGAGGUUCUGGGGAAGGUACAGCCAGUGGGGAUCCAGAUGAUGAAGACAGUCAGCCUAAGUGGAAGAAAGCCCGUUUAUCCACCAAGUUAUUUGUUAAGAACUGUGAAAUAAGCCAUGACCAGUUACGUCAACUGCUGAAGUCUGCAGUGUUGGGAAAACAACACAAAUCCACUGAACAAGGGGUUCCUAACCUGGGCUGGUGCCAUCUUUCUCACCCAAAGCAUCUGAACAGUGUGGUGGUUAUUGUUCUUCAGGAAGUGAGUCAGCUGCACUUCUACAAGUUCUAUUUGCAGUUCAAACAUCUCCGAAAGGCAUUCAGAUAUAGAUUCUGUUUGCCGGCUCCAUCAGCCAAUUUUCUUGCAGACCUUAUUGGGGAACAGCCUAAUGGAAAUAAAGAAGAAGAAAGAAUCCUGCCUACACCCAGUAGCCUGCAAGUGUCAUCGUCCUCUCUUGCCAAUCCACAAGCCAUCACAGACCUGCAAAAUGAUCCCAUCAUUCAGAAAUAUGGAUAUGAAAAAGUAGGUUUGGUCAGAUGCCUAUUGACCAAAGAAGAGAUGAAAAAAUUUGACUUUCCACUCCAAGGUUUGGCUAACUGUAAAAACUUUGUUUCUACUGAAUGUGUUGGUCCAGUAAGCGACAGCAGCCCCCUUUUUGGCCUAGACUGUGAAAUGUGCCUUACACCAAAUGGGAAUGAACUCACACGAGUUUCGUUGGUUAAUGCAGAAGGCCGUUGUGUCAUGGAUGAACUUGUCAAACCUGACAACAAGAUUCUGAACUACCUCACCAGGUUCUCCGGCAUCACACGGAAGAUUCUUAAACCUGUGACCACAAAACUCAGAGAUGUCCAGGCCAAGUUAAAAAAGCUGCUUCCACCAGAUGCGGUGUUAGUGGGCCAUUCCUUAAAUGCAGACCUUCAAGCCUUACAAAUGAUACAUCCCAAUGUUAUUGACACUUCAUUGCUUUUUGUCAGAAAUUUGGGACGAAGGUUUAAGCUCAAGUUCUUAGCCAAGGCUGUUUUAGGGAAAGAAAUACAGUGCCCUGACAGGGUCGGCCAUGAUUCUACAGAAGAUGCUGUUGCAACCCUUGAACUGGCUCAGUAUUUUAUUAAACACGGCCCAAAGAAGAUUGCAGAGAUGAAGCUGGAUACAGCAGUUAACUCCCAACAAUUUCUGGCAAGUCCAAAACAGAAAAACACAUUGCCCUUGUGCCCCAGUGGACCCCAUAAAGAAGCAAGACUUCCAACAGAUGCAACAUGGCAGAAGAAUUCAGGUAUUUUAGAGUGUUUGGACUUGGCUGGUCAGAAACUACUCUUCCUGUCCCAUAAGGCAGGUGGCAGCACACUUAUGUCUUCUAGAUUCUGCCAAAGUAUUCUCUGUACUUCUGAUGAGGAGGUUCUUGAGCAAGCCCAAGCAGAGGUCCCUCUGUCACCUUUCAGUGUCAUCCAGUUCUCACAGUGGCCACAUCCCCUUCCACCCAGCCUCACUGUCGAGAUGCAUAAAAAGAUCAAAGUCAAGUGGGCAGAAAUGUCAACUGUCUAUGCAGGGCCUUUUGGGGGAAGUUUCUGCCUCAAGCCUCUGAAGAAGUUGUUUGCAAGCUUUGGCCCUAUCCAUUCAUUGGAAGUCAUUCUUGAAACUGAUGAGCCCUAUCUUUGCAUCCGGUAUAGAGUACUAGAAGCUGCCCAGCUGGCCAUAGAGACCUUGAAUGGUGCAUGUGUCCAAGGGGUCCGGAUCAAGGUGCAGAGGCCAGUGCAAGAGCUCACUUUGGACUGUGACACCAUGGUGAGUACCCUGGAGACAGACCCAGAGAACGAAAGUACCAUCUAUGUGAAUGGAAUGAAGGAGAGCUAUACUGAAGAGGACAUGUCCCAGAAGUUUAAUCUCUUGCCCAGUCUGGAAGCUGUCUUCUUGCCUGUGGAUCCUCAAAGCAAAAAACACAAGAAGUAUUGCUUCCUGAAAUUUAGAAGCUCUGAAUGUGCCCAGAAUGCCCUGAAAAUUCUGCAGGGUCCAACUGGCCUCAACUGGAAGCUGGUGUGCAGGAGAGCCCUGACCCCUAGCCACCUCCACGAAUGGAUUUGUCACUCCUGUCCUGACCCAGGAAGCCCACAAGCAUCUGAUGUUGUCCCACUAGCCUCAAAGGAAAAGUCUCCGUUGUCACCACAGGGAGAAGAACUGAAGAUAGCCAUGAGUCGGUUAGAUGAGAGGAUCGCAAAGCUGCAUGGGAGGCUGCCACCCCACACUCUGUGCCUCGUCCUCCUGCCAGGAACAGAGAGUGUUCGUGGAUCAUCCACUGGCCUGGGGCUAAUAUCAAUAAAUGGUGAUGAUAUAAAAAGUGCCACCCCAGAGGUGCUUUAGUGGGUCGCCAGCCAGGACUGACAGUUCCUUUCCUGCUAUUUCCCAUUCCACAGCACCACCUCAGCAACAUUGGAAAAGAAGAAAAUGCCAUCUCUCGACCUUCAGGUGCCAGUUGCAUACACAUGGAUGGCACAAAUUGGGGUCUUGGUGAAAAGCAGGCAAACCCUUUUAACAUCGGUUAUUUCUCAGUUUAUGAGAGACAUGUAUUUUGUGAGACGGUGGCUAUAAGACAGAUUUCUGUAAAGCAGAUCCUUUCAUGAAAUUGGAUAUCUGUCCCAAGGGGAAAAAAAUCCAAGACUUGAUACAUACACCUUUUGAAGAAGAAGGUAUUAAAUGGCGGCCAGAUCCAAGGUGUCCGUGGCACACUGUGCUGUGGGAAUGCUUUUGCAGUUCUCUCCUAACUCAGCACAACCUCAUCCCCAUUUUUGGGUGAUAAAAAUCUCCAGACAUGGGAAAAGGAUUUUUCCCCAUUUUUCUCUACGAUCACUUCAUUUGUCUAUUUACAGUCUCCAGUAGAACUUGGGCUACAAUAUUCCACUUCACUAGCGGGUAUCUCCAACUAAAACAUUUUUAACCUGGGAUCCACAGACCUCAAAGUGAUCUGUGAACUUGGAUUGAAAAAAAAUUACAUCU